GAGCAUAAUUCGAUUGAUUAAGACAUAUUUUCAGAAAUCUUAAUCCUUCCAUACGGCACUAUAAUUUCAAAAAAAUUGAAAAAGUUUAACUCCCUCGUGACGGUGAAGAUAAGAGAUAUGAAACCUAAAAAUUCUUAAAAGCUGCGUGAUGAGAAGAGUUGCAAUGUAAUUCACGCACACGCCUUCAUGCCUACUACUCAAAGCAACUUCUUUACCACACCUACCACAACCAGUCACGGAACAUCCUAGAUUUACCAAACUUCCUCGAUUUCUUCACUUUAUUAAUUCUCUUCCUUAAUUCGCCCUCUAUAAACUCGGACAACCCCUCCAUACGAAACACCAUCCAGUUUUCAGCCAUGGCAGUUACUAGAGCUCUUGUGUUUGCUAUGCUUCUCAUUUCUUUUGCCAUUCUCCUUGUGGAAUCAGGCCAAAUGGUUAUCACUACUCGGGUCAAUAACCCUCUUCCUCAUGAUAUAGAUUGUGGUGUGGCUUGUGAUGCACGGUGCCAAUUAUCGUCGAGGCAGAAGAUGUGUAAGAGGGCAUGUGGAACCUGCUGCGCUCGCUGUCAAUGUGUUCCACCGGGUACUUCGGGCAACUACGACGUUUGUCCCUGCUAUGCCAAUAUGACCACACACGGUGGCAGGCACAAGUGUCCCUAGCCACUGUCGCUGGUUCUAUGAUGAUUAUGUUACAUUUCACAUCACAGAUAUCCGAAAUAAAGAUGUUACUAUCAAGUUGGUCCUUUUCUGAAUGUAAUAAAUUAUUGAGAUAACAACUUUUGAGUCUAGAAGUAUAUCAACAAGAAUGAAUUCUCUGUGGAUUUCACUAUUUAUAGAAGGUUGAUGUUCUGAAAA